AUGAACCAGAAGGCAAACGUUUCUAAAGAGCUUAAUGCCAGACACAGAAAGAUAUUGGAGGGUCUUCUUAAACAACCAGGGAACAGAGAAUGUGCAGACUGCAAAACCAAAGCUCCACGAUGGGCUAGUGUGAAUCUUGGGAUCUUCAUAUGCAUGCAAUGUUCGGGGAUCCACAGGAGUCUUGGGGUACAUAUAUCAAAGGUGAGAUCUGCCACAUUGGACACAUGGCUUCCAGAGCAGGUUGCAUUUAUCCAAUCUAUGGGAAACGAGAAAUCAAAUAGGUUUUGGGAAGCAGAGUUGCCUCCUAAUUAUGACAGAGUUGGAAUUGAAAAUUUCAUUCGUGCAAAGUAUGAACACAAGAAAUGGGUUCCUAAGGAUGGAAAAGCAAAAUCACCUCCAAGGGUGAAUGAAGAGAAGAAUUCCGUUUAUAGAGCGAGACCUGAAACUAGUAGUCCACAUGGCCAUGUGAAAGAGACGGAACGAUUUUCUGAAGAGCAGAAAGGUGCUCAUCCACCCAGUGCAAGUAACAGGGCACCUCAGCAGGUCAACCAUGAUUCAAAACCACACCAACUUGAGCAAAAAUCAAAACCAGAAGCAGCCUUGAAAGCUGAACCUGCAGCAAGUCAAGCACCUAGUGUUGCCACGGUUUCCCUACCAGUUAAAGUGGAUUAUGCUACUCAUCUGUUCAAUUUGCUCUGUGUGGAAGAAUCUAGAGGAAAUGACUAUGUGACAUCUGCCAAUAAAAAUACAUUGGCUGGUCUCCAUGCAGAUGAAACAAAAUUGACCGAAGAGAAAAGUAAAGGAGCAGAAUCAUCUGAGAGCAAGAUUCAGCCAAAAUAUGGUUAUGGUAUUGAGGAUUUAUUUAUAGAUUCAACCCCAGUCACUCAACCCUUUUCAAUGAAACCCCAGAAUGACGUUAUGAACUUACUUGAGAAGUCCAGUAUGGCUUCUCCAUCCAUGCAUCAACAGCAACUUGCAGUUCUAUCUCAACAACAGUCGUCACUCAUGUCUUCUGCAGCGAAAUCUAGCGCAACCCAUUCAGUUCCUGCAAACCUACAACCUGGAUCCCAUGCCAUCCACUUGCCAACUCGAAAUGGGCAAAGCAUUGGCCGCCAAGUUCCUGGAAACCUGGUGCCUGCUCAUCCUCCUCCACAACAUUAUACUCGGAUUGGAAAUGGCGGUCCUACACGCCCGGUAGGGAAUGCAGUUCCUUUCCCAACAUCAAGCAUGUACGCGACAAGGCCAGUAACUUCAGUGAAUGGUGUCACAAACCUUAGAGCUACCGGAUUUUCAACAGCGUCACCGAUAUCUUCCAUCCCUCCCACUAAGUCAGGAAGGGAUUUUGAUUUCUCAUCAUUAACUCAAGGAUUGUUUACUAAACGAUGA